AUGUCCUCUGGCUACAAUGGACCCCGCCCAGUGUUUGAUGAGUCCCCAAGCAACAAGGCUGUUCGCAAGAUUCGGGAAAACCCUAUGGUCCCAAUUGGUAUGGCAGGAUUUUUUGCCGCUGUUGCUUAUGGAAUGCGGAACUACAAGAAGAGGCCCCAGAAGAUGACCCUGUCCAUGUAUGUGAUGAGGUUCCGAGUCUUUGCUCAGAGUAUCGCUGUCGGAGCCAUGGGUCUGGGUAUUGGCUACUCCAUUCUCAGUGAAAAGUUUUUCAAAACUUCAGAAAAAGCUGACAGUAAAACCAAGUCUAGAUAA